AUGUGGAUUCUGUACACAUUUGCUAUGAAAGCCUGUGCCAUCUCUGACUCCAAUACCAACUGCCACCUGCCCGAAGAGACCAUAACUGGCUAUAUGAGCCGUCCAGGAGACAUUAUCAUGGGAGGAACAUUUUUAAUUCAUUUGGACAGGGUCUAUAGUAAUAUCCAAUUCACCAGCAAACCCCCAGAACUCCAGUGUCAAAUGUUUUCUAUUGAGUAUUACCAGAGCAUGCAGGCUUUAAUAUUUGCUGUGGAGGAGAUUAAUUCGGAUCCUGAUCUCCUUCCCAACAUUACUUUGGGCUACAAGGUUUUUGAAACUUGCUAUAGUUUAAGGAAAGCAGCCCAAGGAACUCUAUCAAUGCUGUCUGGAGUAACAGGAAGCACCCCAAAUUAUAACUGCCACCAAGGGACACGUCUUGCUGGUAUUGUUGGUGACUCGGGAUCCACCAGAUCCAUUCUUAUGGCCCAAAUCCUUGGACUGUACCAGUACCCACAAAUCAGUUAUUUUGCAACCAGCCCGCUUCUAAGUAAUCGGAACUUGUUUCCUUCAUUCUUCCGUACAGUACCUAGUGAUGAGUUUCAGAUGAGAGGUCUGGCCCAACUUGUUUCUUAUUUUGGUUGGUCUUGGGUUGGUCUUUUGGCAAAUGAUAAUGACUAUGGUCAAUUGGGACUUCAGAUAACAAUGCAAGAAAUUAUAAAUAGUGGUGCCUGUGUGGCCUUCACUGAAAACAUCUUGACUAGCCAACCCAAUAGGAAUGCUCCUCGAAUUGCCCGGGUCAUUAAAGAAUCGACUGCAAAGGUUGUGAUUGCAAUAACCUCUGAUUCUGAAUUUGUGAUUGUGUUGGAAGAGCUGUUGAAGCAGAAUGUGACUAGAAAGAUUUGGAUUGCAAGUGAAGCAUGGGCAACUUCAGAUCUACUCUCUAAUGGACGAUUCCAAGGGAUUUUGUUGGGCACCAUUGGUUUUGCAAUGUACAGUGGUCAGGUGCCAAGAUUUAGUGAGUAUCUCAAGAGUCUCCACCCAUCAAAUUAUCUUUCUGACCCAUUUAUAAAGGAGUUUUGGGAACAAGCCUUCUUUUGUAAGUGGCCCAAUCAGACAAACGUUACCUUGGUGGACAAUGCCAGAGAACCAACAUGUACAGGAACUGAAAAGCUGGACAGUCUAUUAACUGACGUAGAUCGCCGAGUGUCUUUUAAUGUGUUCACUGCUGUUUAUGCCAUUGCAUGGGCUCUGCAUAAUUUGUUUAAUUGCACAACUGGAGUUGGACCACUCUAUCAGGGAGCCUGUGCCAAUAUAUCAUCGUUUCACCCCUGGCAUCUUCUCCAUUAUGUAAAAAGAGUGAACUUCAAAACCCCAGGUGGGAACCAAGUUUCUUUCGAUGAAAGAGGGAACCCUCCAGCCAUCUAUGAUAUUGUGAAUUGGUAUCUGACUUCCAAGGGCACCCUGGAGCAAGUUACAGUCGGAAAAUAUGACUUAAGUGCUCCUAAUGGGAAAACGUUAAACAUAGAUAAUGGUGGAAUUGACUGGGCCAGCAAAACCCAGGUUCCUCUAUCCAAGUGCAGUUCAAGUUGUUCCUCAGGAUUCAGGAAGGUGAUUGUUCCAGGAAAACCCCUUUGCUGCUAUAAGUGUGCCCGGUGUCCCCAGGGACAGAUUUCAAAUCAAACAGAUGCUGUGGAAUGUCAUCCAUGUUCCUGGGACACAUGGCCUAAUCUACAACAGGACAGAUGCUUACCAAGAACUACAGAAUUCCUUUCAUAUGAAGAACUUUUAGGUUACAGCUUAGGGGCCAUUUCUAUCUUUUCUUCACUAAUCCCACUUGUAAUUUUGGGAAUUUUUAUUUGUUUUAAAAAUACACCAGUUGUAAAAGCCAACAACUAUUCCCUUAGUUAUCUUCUCCUGCUCUCCCUGUUCCUCUGUUUCCUUUGCUCUUUAGGUUUCAUUGGUUACCCACAACUUGAAAAGUGUAUUUUACGCCAGGUGGCAUUUGGGUUAAUUUUUGCUCUCUGUAUUUCCUGUGUUCUGGCCAAAACCAUCACUGUUGUCAUUGCCUUUAAUGCAACCAAACCAGGGAGCAGGUUAAGAAAGUGGACAGGGGUAAAGGUGUCCUACUGUGUCAUUACGUUUUGUGUCUUUAUUCAGAUAAUUGACUGCGUAUUUUGGUUGAUAUUCUCUGCUCCCUUCCAUGAACUUGACAUUAACACUCAACCUGGUGUGAUCAUAGUUAACUGCAAUGAAGGUUCGCCAACUGCUUUCUGGUGCAUGCUGGGAUAUCUUGGCCUCUUGGCCACUGUCAGCUUCAUCGUAGCCUUCUUGGCCAGACGUCUCCCUGAUAGUUUCAAUGAAGCCAAAUUUAUCACAUUCAGUAUGUUGGCUUUCCUCAGUGUCUGGGUGUCCUUUAUCCCAGCCUAUCUCAGUGCACAGGGCAUGUAUACUGUAGCAAUGGAGGUCUUUGCCAUUUUAUCUUCCAGUUGGGCUGUGGUGGUCUGUAUCUUUGUACCAAAAUGUUUCAUUAUAUUGUUCAGACCCAACAUGAACUCAAGAGAAAAUCUUAGAGUUAAAAGGACAGCCUAA